UUUUUGACAACUUGUUUUUGUUUUUAUUUAUUUAUGAAACAAACAAAUUAAAGAAUUUAAAAAACAGCAGCGUGAAGAUGUUGCAUUAAUUCUAUCAAAAGUAAAUAGACCAUAAUUUAAAACUUAACCAAAUCACAGAUUAGCACACUUUAUAGUCACUUCACUAUAUGGCCAAAUGUAAUUAAUUCCUCCAGUGACUUUGUGAUGUGUCUUUUGUCGUGAGCUGUAUAUUCACCAGAGCAUGGAAAAUAAGAAUUUUCCGUCACCAUUCUUUAGUUUAGUUCUUCAGUUCUUUUUAAUAUUUCUUCCCGGACAGACACAAAAUGUCUUUUAAUCAACUCUACCAACUAAAAUAUUUAAUUAUCGGUGCGAUUUUCUGCAAGUUCAUUUCAUUUGGACAAAGUUCCCUGGAUUCAUUUCAAUUCGAUGUUAACGAUAUUUUAAAUGAAAAAUUCAUGCCAGCCCAUUUAUUGGCUCAAGAAUUGGAAACAUUUCUUAAGGGCUCAUCGAAUCUAACCCGCGAACAAUUUUAUAAGCCUGAUGACAGCUACGAGACAACAAGUUGUAAUUUUACAACUGCUUUUUCAACAAUGGGAUUUCAUCGGAAGAUGAUGAAUGAAUAUUUGGCUACGAAUUUUUUGGCCAAACAAAUUUUAACUGAAUUUCCUUUGGACACUGUUGUUCAGCCGAUAGAAAGACGGAUUGGUGCACCAUCAUCAGCAACAACUAAUUUAACGGAAGAGGUUGACAGUUCUGUUAAAACUAGCCUUCAUCGGCAGGGGAAAUACAUUCAAAAUGAAAUGUUAGAAGAUCCUGGUUCCGCUAGUUAUCGCAGUUGGUUGGACAAGACAACGAUGCUAGAUGACAUUCAACGUCAAUUUACAGACAAUGCUCAAAAUCAAAUCGCCGAUUUUAAGCCCCUUCAACAAGGAAUCAGCCCAAUUAAAAAAGCAAUUGACAGUGACGAUGAAGGUCUGGAGGAGGAAGACUUUGAUGAAGGUGACAUAACUGGAUAUGCAUAUACUGGAGGUGUAUCAAUGGACUCUGGUCCAAAUUAUCCAAAUGCCUUGCCACCUCCACGUCAUCAUCUUCCUUUCGAUGCAACCAACAACAUUCAGCAUAUGCAGCCAGUUUAUCCGACUGCAGUCAGUAAAAAUGGAUACUAUCCUCCAAGUGGUCAAGAGAAUAGCUACGAAAACAGCUAUGGACAAACCCAUCACGUACAACCAGCGGCUCCACAGCAAACCAAAGAAAUCGGUCUGAAGGAUAUCUUAGAUAUAGCUCUGACAACUUUGGCAUUUCUAUCCUUUGGAAUGUUCAUCCUUCAAGUUCUUAUGUGCAUAACAAUGAAUAAAGAGGAUACUAGUAGCAUGAUGAUGAUGCCAAUGGAAGCUACUGACACUGGAACAAUGACACCAACAAAUGAGGGUGCCACUGAAGAAAUUCGUAGGAGAAAAAGGAAUCUGCCGGAGAAUCCAAGAAUUAAAAUGAUGAAUGACCUUUCCCGCCGUGUGUUGCAUUCAAUCGACGCAGUUCUAAUGAUGCCUACGGACAAUGGAAGAUGUCAAUUUCGAACUUUGUGCGAUAUGAAUAAAUACGCUCGUGAGCAGAAAAACGGUCAAAAAGUGUGGAUUCCAAUGUGGAGUUUGGGAAUCAGCUGGUUCUCGUCCAAGAUGACAAAACCAAAUACAACAACCGGUAAUCCAAUAUUAGAAAGUUUGAAGGCAUCUGUUGUUGGACUUGGCAAUGGUGACUGCAAGAAUAUUUAUCCCGACUGUCAAAUGGAAAUUCCGGCAGAUGAACGAAGUAAAAUUGAAAGAAAAAGAAAAAAACGUGAUUUAAGGGAUCGUUUUCACGGAAAAAGUUAGUGCAUACUAUUUUAAAACAAUAAAUUAAUGCUGAUGACAUAAUCUAUUUUGUACUCAUAAAUAUCUUUUGCAAAAUAAA